AUGCCCACCCUAAGACGUAAACGUUUGAGUAAUCGGUACAGUUUGGCUGAAGUGGCUCAAAUUGUUUCCAUACAGCAACAACAAGAACACCGAGCUCAGGCGCGGUCUCACAACGCAUUGCCUGUUGAUGGAGUAACAGUACCCCAGUUGAUCGUACCGCAACCCCACCGGCACCAACUCCAGGCGAUUGAACCGAAUCAUUUUGGCCCUGCGACGCCGGAACAACCGGUCAACUCAUUCAGCAUGAAUAUGAGACAGAAAAGAGCGAGCGUGCGACGCUCCAUCAAAAUGUCCCCGUCACCCCAUGUGAAUCGUCUAAGCUACCGGUCCAAAGGACCGGAUAUUCAUCAUCAGUUAAAACAAAGUAUGGGUGAUCUCAUUCAUGAUGUCGAACAUGAUCUUCAAUCCCCGUACGAUCAACGUACCGCGGUUAUCGAUCUGGGCGGAUUGGAGUUGCCCAUGGAAGAGGGUGAAUUGAAUCGGGCUGAACGACUCUACUUACAUUGUGCCGAACAGGGUGAUUUGAGCACACUCAAAGAAUUGAUCGAUCGAGCGGAUGAGCUCAAACUGAAUUUCAAUUGUAUGGACGCUUUGGGUCGAGAUGCAUUGCGUAUUGUGAUUGAGAAUGAACAUUUGGAAGCGUUGGAAUUGUUGGUGACUGUGCCACAAAUUGAACUGGGCGAUUCUCUUCUGCACGCAAUCAAUGAGGACAAUGUGACCGCGGUCGAGGUGAUUCUACACGCUCAAGCGGAACGUUCCAGUCGAAAAAAUCUCAAGUUCAGAUAUCUGUUUGCAAAUUUCAUAUCACCGGUUGCUAUGAUGCCCUUAGUUUUCAGAGAUAUUGAUUAA